GAGACGAUAACGUCCCCGCCCCAUUAAACAGGAAACUAGGAGUCGCGCCGUGAAUCUAGCUACUCUUCUUUCCCUUUUUAUGAUGCGCUGUGUAGAAAUGGCGGAAGUAUCGGUCCCAUGACGACAAUAACACCCGCGUCGCUGGAGGCACGACGAAACGGAAAGAGGCGGAGUUCGGAAUGCUCCGGGGAUGAUCGGGGAGUCCCUGUUAUGGCCGGCGUCUUCGACAUCGACCUGGAAACGGAGGAGGGGAGCGACGGGGAGGAGCCAGAACUGGGGGCCUUGGAGGUGGACCCAGAGCUUCGCAGCAGUGGACCGGAACUGGUGCCAGGAUAUUAUGAAGAAAUUGAAAUCUCCGAGAGCAUUGUCAACAAUGGCCCAGAGCGUAUUGGGCCCCACUGCUUUGAACUGCUGCGUGUUUUGGGCAAGGGUGGCUAUGGCAAGGUGUUCCAGGUACGGAAGGUUCAGGGCACAAACGCUGGGAAAAUCUUUGCCAUGAAAGUCCUAAAGAAGGCCAAGAUUGCCUGUAAUGCCAAAGACACAGCCCACACGAAGGCUGAGAGAAGUAUCCUGGAGGCCAUCAAGCACCCAUUCAUUGUGGAUCUCAUCUACGCCUUCCAGACUGGUGGCAAGCUCUACCUCAUCCUGGAAUGCCUCAGUGGAGGGGAGCUCUUCAUGCAGCUGGAGCGAGAAGGCAUCUUCCUGGAGGACACAGCUUGUUUCUACCUGAGUGAGAUCACUCUGGCCCUUGGCCACCUGCACUCUAGUGGCAUCAUCUACCGAGAUCUCAAGCCUGAGAACAUAAUGUUAAACAACCAGGGGCACAUUAAGCUGACUGACUUUGGGCUCUGUAAGGAGUCGAUCCAUGAAGGCACUGUCACCCACACUUUUUGUGGCACCAUAGAAUACAUGGCCCCAGAGAUAUUGCUGCGCAGUGGCCACAAUCGGGCUGUGGAUUGGUGGAGCCUCGGUGCUCUGAUGUACGACAUGCUCACUGGAUCGCCUCCAUUUACAGCCGAAAACCGCAAGAAGACAAUGGACAAAAUCCUGAAGGGGAAGUUGGUGCUCCCACCCUACUUGACACCCGAUGCCCGAGACCUGAUCAAGAAGUUCCUCAAAAGGCAUCCCACCCAGAGAAUUGGGGGCGGUUCAGGAGAUGCUGCAGAUGUACAGAGACACCUGUUCUUCCGGCACAUUAACUGGGAUGACUUGCUAGCCAGGAGAGUCGACCCACCCUUCCGGCCACCCCUGCAAUCGGAAGAUGAUGUCAGCCAGUUUGACACCCGCUUCACCCGCCAGACGCCUGUGGAUAGCCCUGACGAUGUCUCCCUCAGUGAGAGCGCCAACCAGGCCUUCCUGGGAUUCACCUACGUAGCCCCAUCAGUGUUGGAGAGCAUCAGGGAAGGCUUUUCCUUCCAGCCCAAGCUGCGAUCUCCUCGGCGUCUCAACAGCAGCCCCCGCACACCUAUCAGCCCAUUAAAGUUCUCACCCUUUGAGGCCUUCAAGCCAAGCGCAACCACAGAACUGAUGGAGUUGUCGCCACCCCCACUCACGCCUGUGCCAGAAGUCACUGCCCCGCUGCCCAUCAAAACACCAUCAGGCACCAAGAAGAAAAAACGCAGAGGGCGGGCACGGUAGUCAAGACAACAAGAUCAUUGGACUGUCUGCUGUGGCAGAGUGGAGCUCUCUGGCUGCCGUAGGGGGUGUGGGGGUUCGGAAAUGGAUAGAGCUGUGCCACAGGAACAUCAAGCCCUGAUUGGGGAGCAUAUUUUCUCUCCUGCUGCAAGGGGCCACCGUCCCUCCCAGCUGCCAGGGGCUGCCUGGUGUUGGUGCUUUUCUACUGUAGGGGAUAAUCCCUACGCGAGGUGCUUUCAGUUGAAUAUAUAAUGAAUCAUGAUUGAAGAGGAGGGAGGUUGGGAUGUCUAAAGGAUCGGUCAGAAGGUGCCUGCCUUGAGCUGGAUAUGUUGUCAUCUUACUAGCAGUGUGUUUUGCAUGAGUGUGAACUGAGGCAGAAUAGGCAUUGCUGUAGUGGGCACAGUAAAAACAUACAGUCUGGCUUUCUUCGCUGCUGCCAGAUCUGUCACAGUUUAUGGCUUAGGACAUGCAGUCCAAGGGAGCAACUUUGGCAGGGUGGAAAGGAUCAAGCUAAUCCUCCUGGAUGGAGUUGUACCUUCUCCAGGGAAAUUUCCUCCCCUGUCUGCCUUUCCCAGUGCACACCAAGUGCUAAAAACUGCAGCUCCCUCCUCCCAACAUCUCCCCAAAUGGCUGUGGCAAGGUCUUCUCCCUAUCAAGCGUCUCCUCUUUUGACACCCUUGGAUGCGAGUGAAUCCCAGAUGUUGCCAACAGAAUCAUGAUUGGCCAGAAAAUGGGCUGGCAAUUGCAAGGAUUGACAUAGUUAUCUGUAAGGACUAUUGCUAUGAUGCACGUGAUACAAUUAGAGUGGGAGAGCCAGGUAAUAAGAUCAUAAGUAAGGUACUUUUAAAAAACCAAAAAACACAGGCUACGAGCAAGCAAAUGCAGUGGUACAAGCAAGAACGGGAAAAUAGGCAUCAUGGGCGAGGAGAAGCCUUGGCCAUGUCUGUGGGGGAAGAGGGGGGCCUUGGAUCUGUGGGGGGCCUGUCACCUGGGAGGCUGCGGCUGAGCACUGCCUUCAGGCCAUAGUUGUCUUUGCGGUGAGCCCGACGGUGCCUUCUGUCCUGCUUCUAGAGAGCGGUGACGUGCAAAUGUUUGCUGGAGUCCUCCCAGGCUGCUGUUCCAGAAAAAGAAUGCAGAUCACUAAGCAGGGCUUCUGCACUGCCCUCUGCUGCCCUUGUUGCCCCGUCUUUCUCCGAGGCCUCCUGCAGCCCUGCCUCUUCUGCUGGCUCAGGAGCAUCCAUCUCCUGGAAUGCUUCCUCCUCCUCCUCCUCAUUCUCAUUGUCUUCCUGCUGGAGGAGCAGCUGCAUCCCCUCUUCGCCCAUAUCAACUUGCUGCUUCUCUCCAAGCUCUUCGUCUCUGUGCUUCUCAUCCUGGUAUCCAUGGGACAGCUCCUCAGGGAGUGCCUCCCCCCUAAGCUCUCGCCAUUGGAGGAUCAUGCCCUGCAGCAGGCGCUGGGGAUGGUACCUCCCUUCUGACUUCUGGCUCAGCCGACGCCACGCAAGGAACAGCAAGACGAGAAGGAGCAGCAGCAGACAGACUAACAAACUCACAGUAACAUCAUCACUGCUCUUGCCACCGCUGCCGCCUCUUUCUGAAGUCGCUUGCAGGGUUUUCACCGGAAACAGUAGGAGCAUGAUAGAGAGUGCAUGGGUGAACCUGGGCCUCUGCAGGAAAAAAAAGAGCCAGGAUGAGUCUCUAAUUCUAGAAUGACAAUCCUGACUGUUGGUGUGCUCUCUUCAGUGGUGAUGCUGUUCCCUGAGCUGUGUGGACUGUGGAAUUCUGCCCUAAAAGCUCCCAGUUGCACAGUGUUAAUUGUACUCUGAUGUAGAUGUCAAGGAGGGCACAUGGAUAAAGGUGAGAUAGCAGGGCAAUGCGAUUCUUCGAAAGCUGUGUAGUUUUUAAGAUGUUCACCAGCAACUGCCGCUACCUGUUGUGGCUAGGAGGGCUUGUAAUUAAAGAAAAACAAAAGGGGCUCCUGGCCUUUGUGAACUUUGGGAUUUUAUUGAAUGAUCCAAUUGAUUUGCAGCAUCAGCGAAGACUCACCAGCCACUAUUUUGUUUACUUGCUAUAAUUUAAUAGUAACGAGAGAAAAAAGCUACGAUCGUUUCCUGAUUUAGCGUUGUAUUCAAGGUAGCAUUAAGGAGAUUGUUUUGUUCGUGCCUGACGGAACAAUUUCCCCUCCUCCCCACCGCCACACUGUUCCAGGUUUUUUUCUGGCCCUCCAGAGAUUUGGGGAGAGCAGGGGAGGUCCCAUUGCCUUAGUGGGAAUUGUUACACUGGCUUCUGCUAGCACUAUGAGUUAGUUGACUACAGCCCAGUAACUCCAUCCAUAUAGUCAUAUAUCCCACCAUAGAAAAGAAUUUAUAGCCAAGAAAAGCUUAAUUCUGUGGCUAUAAAUUGGGCUCCUUUAAGAAAAUGUACACUUGGGUUUUUUGCAUAUUUUCCUUGCUGUUCUUCCUGUUUUUGCAUAACUUAUUUAAUGUAUUAGGGAGGGACAAGGAACGAUGUAUGGUCUCUGGCAACUGGAAGUUGUCUUCAGCAACUACUGUGGCUUUGAGAGUUUAGCAGGUGCUACCUCCAUGUUUUCUCAUCCUUAUGAGUAUGAAGAUAUAUGCUAAGGCAUAUAUUUUAAAAGUGGAGUUCCCUCCAAAGCCACACUCAAUCUUCUGUCAUGGCAUUUAGCCCCAACCUUUGCUUCAGGAGGCAGGAGCUCUGUUGGUUCAGUGUUUCAGCCUUUGCUGGUAUCUACCAGACUAUAGCAAGGACAAUGCCUGAAAAGGAAUGUACUAUCCUGUCCAGAUGGUCAGUAUGUUGGGUAGGGGAAGAGGGUAUCUUCUCUUCCUUGUGACCUUCCCCAUUCUAUCUUGUGAGGUAGGAAGGAAAACAGUGCCAGAUAUCACAUUUUGUAGUUAACAUGAAAUACCGGGUCCAUUUGGUUGGACUUGGGAAGGUCCAGGUUAUGCCAUGGGAAAUUUUUUUGCAAUGGUAAAUGUCCUGUUAGAAGCGUGGAAGGAAGUGGUUUGCUGAAGCAGACUGCAAGGAGUGUAGACUGUCUUGGUUUGGUCAGCUGCUACAUAGUCACGCCUCUGUCUUUGGAGUUUAAGCUGUGUUGGUACACUGGCACCAAUGGAAUACAGGCUGAGGGACAGGUCUCCUUUGAAUUUAGCCUCUGUUCCUUUUCUAUCUCUUUCCCCUAAGUAAAGCCACUGAAUGUAAUUACAGCAGUGAAGGAAAGGUUUAAUACUAUCAAUUGAAGAAUAAGAUAGGGGAGAGUAUUAGGGUUAGAGAGACACUCCAAAUCUAUCUUGGGAAGCAGCCUGCAUAGCUUCUAAUGCAAGCUUUAACUAACCUCAGCCUUGGAGAACUAUAUCCAAUUGACUCCUUCCCCCCCUCCCCACUUAUAUGCACACACAUGCCCUUCCUUGAUGCGGCAAAGGGUGUUCUGAGCAAUUCUUCGGAGGAAAUCUUACUUCCCCUUGAAGAGUUGCUUUUUGUACUCGAGGAGAUAAAAUGGUCGCCAAUGUGUAGGAUUUUUCAUGGAUGAAAUCCAUUGAGACAAAAUGUGACUGUUUGAGCAAGAUGCCCUGCAUUAACAAACUGAUUAUUCCCCUUUUGUUCACUGAGAUUUCCCAAGGUGAGGCUAUUUGAGGGGAAUUUCUUCAUUUUGACUGUUUUGUGUUCAAAUUCAAAUUGGUCUGUACCUGAACAAUAGAGUUUAGCUUUGACCCUAAAACCAAAGAUAGCAACCAAGGUGACUGACACUAACGCCUUACAAGUAUAAUCUGCCCAUACACCCACAACCAGUUUUGAAGACAUUUUAUUGUACAGUAUCCAUUUGUGUGCACUCAUAAUAUACCUCUGCUUUUGCCCAUUUAGAUUCCGUCAAACUUCAGGGAAAUAAGCAGCUGUUAAGACUCUGUAAAAUGGACAUGGAGUCUUGUUUUGCCUCUACUAUAUUACUGUUUCCAUAGCUAUAAACCUUUCAUUGUUCUUACCACGACAUGUUGCAUACUAGGAUGUAUUUUAGCAGCCAAUUUAAAUGCUUAACAAAUUUUCAAAUGCCAACAAAUUUUAAUACUCAGAUAUUACAUACGAUAUGAAACUA